AUGGAAAAUCAAGAUAAUUUAGUAAUUGUACACAUAGGAGCAGGUAACCAUUCUUUACUGAAAAAUGAUAAAUAUAGGAGAUUGAUCAAAGGGGCUUUACUAGUGAAUGAAUCGGAAAGUGUAUUGACAGAAGUCAGUAAGAAAUUAGAAAAGUCAGUUUUGACAAAUACUGGAUAUGGCUCAUCGCUAAAUUUGGUAGGAGCGGUUCAAUGUGAUGCCAGCUUCAUUUCAUACGAUAGAGAACACAACGAUACUCAGGUGGGAGUCAUGUAUAACAUAGUUAAGAAAUACCCGAUAACUGAAACCUUGACAUGUUUCGAGCAAUUGAAUAGGUUAUAUUCGACUGGUUUCAAAUCCUUUGGUCUUUCAAGGCCGUUGAUGUUUGAUCAUGGGCAGAAGCCACUAUUGGACGAGCUUACUAAUACGAAAGAAGAAGUUGAUACGAAUACCUUGGUAUCACCCAGGUCUCAGAAGAUCUACAACACGUACAAAGACACAUUGGUCGGCGACUACAAUCAACCACCGAACGACGUAGAUUGUAUUAGAAAUGAAAUACAGGAUACGAUAGGUAUUAUGCAUAUUGAUGGCAGAACUACAGAGAUAGCAACUUCAUCAGGAGGUAACUUUUUUAAGUUUCCAGGCAGAAUAGGGUGUGCAGGCGUCCUUGGAGCUGCCAUAGGGCAUCGAACAAAGAAUGGAAUAUCGGUUAGCUGCAUGUGUAGUGGCAAUGGAGAGGAUAUCAUAAUGAUGAAUGCAGCAGGCCGAAUAGCUGAUCACAUAGUAAACAAUUACAGUGCAGAUUACUGUAACGCAUUAGUUGAUAUCAUUAUGCAAGCCAGCAUAGACGUGCCAUUGACAGCAGUGGAUAAGUACAACAAUACAAUCAUAUACAUGGGUGCCGUAUGUGUAAUACAUGACCUAAACAGCGGUGCAAAACGUUUAGUGUAUUGUCAUAGCACCGAAUCGUUCUAUUUUGGAUUCAGGUCUCAUAACAACAAGCCCGAAUUAAUUUUAAGUAGAUUAGAUAGCGAUAGAGUAGGACAGGUAUUCGCCAGGGGCGAGUUCAAAAUCUAA